CUCUCUCCAUUCAGUUUAUCCCUUCUUCUAACUCUCCCACCCUUACAAAACCGUGUGACUCACUUUGCCUAUUCUACUCUAAUAGUGACAUUGCCUUGAUUAUCUAGCCAGAGUGUCUUCUUGUGGCAUCGACUUAAUACCCCUCCUCUCUUCAUAUUAUCAACACACGCGUUAAACCCCGUCAGUCGACAGAACAACCAUGUGUGGCAUUUUCGGUUACAUCAACUACCUUGUUGAAAGGGACCGCAGGUUCAUUCUUGAUACCAUUCUUAACGGGCUUUCGAGACUUGAAUACCGUGGCUAUGACUCUGCCGGUCUCGCUGUCGAUGGCGACAAGAAAAAUGAAGUCUGUGCCUUCAAAGAAGUUGGCAAGGUUGCCAAACUGAAGGAGCUCAUUGAAGACCAAAAACCCGACUUCACAAAGACCUUUGAAUCCCAUGCUGGCAUUGCUCACACCCGUUGGGCUACUCAUGGAACCCCUUCUCGCCGGAACUGUCAUCCGCACAGGUCUGAUCCCAACUGGGAAUUUUCUGUUGUUCACAAUGGUAUCAUUACCAACUACAAAGAAUUGAAGGCCUUGCUGGAGAGUAAAGGGUUCCGCUUCGAGACUGAGACAGACACCGAAUGCAUUGCCAAGCUUACAAAGUAUCUGUAUGACCAGCAGCCGGACAUCGAUUUUACGGUGUUGGCCAAGGCUGUCAUCAAAGAGCUUGAGGGUGCCUUCGGUCUCCUCAUCAAGUCUGUGCAUUAUCCUCAUGAAGUGAUUGCGGCCCGCAAAGGCUCCCCACUUGUCAUUGGCGUGCGAACGUCAAGAAAAAUGAAGGUAGACUUCGUUGAUGUGGAAUACUCUGAAGAUGGACCCCUUCCAGCGGAACAGGCCUCUCAAAAUGUUGCUAUCAAGAAGUCUACGACUGGGCUACUUGCCCCGCCCGAUAAAUCGCUCUUGCACCGCUCGCAGUCUCGUGCUUUCCUGUCCGAUGAUGGCGUCCCCCAGCCUGCUGAGUUCUUUUUGUCUUCGGAUCCGUCUGCGAUCGUUGAGCAUACUAAAAAGGUUCUCUACCUUGAGGAUGAUGAUAUCGCUCAUAUACACGAGGGGCAGCUGAACAUACAUCGCUUGACGAAAGAUGAUGGCACAUCUAAUGUUCGCGCCAUCCAAACAAUCGAACUCGAGCUACAAGAAAUCAUGAAGGGAAAAUUCGAUCACUUCAUGCAGAAGGAAAUUUUUGAACAGCCCGAAUCCGUGGUCAACACUAUGCGAGGCCGAUUGGAUGUCGCAAACAAACAAGUGACACUGGGCGGUCUCCGACAGUAUAUCUCUACCAUCCGUCGGUGCAGAAGAAUUAUUUUUGUGGCUUGCGGAACCAGCUACCAUUCAUGCAUGGCUGUGCGUGGUGUUUUUGAGGAACUCACCGAGAUACCUAUCUCCGUCGAGCUAGCCUCGGACUUCUUGGACAGACAAGCACCCGUGUUCCGUGACGAUACAUGCGUCUUCGUUUCUCAGUCGGGAGAGACCGCUGAUUCUCUGAUGGCCCUGCGUUACUGCCUCGAGCGCGGUGCCUUGACUGUUGGAAUCGUUAACGUCGUUGGCUCUUCUAUCUCUCUACUGACUCACUGCGGUGUGCACAUCAACGCUGGGCCAGAAAUUGGUGUGGCUUCUACCAAGGCGUACACAUCACAGUUCGUAGCCAUGGUUAUGUUCGCUCUCUCUCUUAGCGAGGAUCGAGCUUCAAAGCAGAAGAGACGCGAGGAAAUCAUGGAGGGCUUGGCCAAAGUAUCUGAACAGUUCAAGGAGAUUCUGAAGCUUAAUGAGCCCAUUAAGCAAAUGUGUGCGAAAUUCUUCAAGGACCAGAAAAGUUUGCUUUUGCUGGGCAGAGGCGGCCAGUUUCCUACGGCCCUUGAAGGUGCGCUCAAGAUCAAGGAGAUCUCCUACCUCCAUUGCGAGGCCGUCAUGUCAGGUGAAUUGAAACAUGGUGUCCUUGCUCUUGUUGAUGAGAACCUGCCCAUCAUCAUGAUCCUUACCAGAGAUAACAUCUUCUCCAAGUCAUUGAAUGCUUAUCAACAAGUGAUUGCUCGAGGAGGGCGCCCUAUCGUGAUCUGCAAUUAUGACGACCCGGAGUUCUCUACUGCCCAAACAGAGAAGAUCGAAGUCCCCAAGACAGUGGAUUGCCUCCAAGGUCUUUUGAACGUUAUACCACUGCAGCUGAUCUCUUACUGGCUUGCUGUGGGCGAGGGCCUCAAUGUUGAUUUUCCUCGUAACCUUGCGAAGUCAGUCACUGUUGAAUAGGGGACGAUUGCGUGAAGAGAAAUGCAGAGACACGAUAGAUUCGUGGGUACGAGGCUUUUAAUUUUCAGUUAAUCCAUAUGGUUUUCAUAUUUGUUAA